AAUUAUGCUCCAUUACUCCGUACUCAUAUGAAUUCAAACCCAAAGCGUUUACGUUUCAUAUCACCCAGCAUCGUACAUAGUUUUAAUGAGCCACCCACCUCGGUUGUGUAAGGCUUCUCAAAUUCGCUAAGCUGAAAGCAAUUCUAGAGGAACUUUUCGUCCGGCGCAACAAUCGCACUCGCUUUCCACACUUUCCAAUUACCCAAACCCGUCACGUGCCAUGUCAGACCAUCUCAGGGUCCAGCUGGCCAAGUUUAAAGUCGAGCACCUUCAGCAUGAGGACGAAAAUAGAGAUGUGUGGGGAUACAAGUUCGCCCAAGCUCGUGCUGCUUGGCUUGCCGGAAUUCGCGUGCCGGAGCCACACUUCCCCAUCAUUCUCGCCUCUGACAGUCCCAUAUCAAACCCCGAGAAGCUGCAGGCUAUUGUCGACCGACAUUCCGUGCCUAAAGUCACCAUGGCAACCAAGGUCGAGAUGUUUAGUGAUGACGAAGUCGAACUCGCUGACAGGGAAAAGGUCCAGAACUGUGACGUGAAUUACGAUCAUGUGCGCAGGAUUAAGACUAUAACAGAGUGGGAGAACGCCUGUGUCUUCUGUAAUGGCGAGAAAAUAUUUGCCUUAUUGGUACGGUCAUUAAAGAAAACAAAGAUGUAGGGUACAACCUGGAUUAAGC